UCUGCCUUUUCUUUUAAAUAUUGUUGCCUCUUAUUUGUGAGGAGCCCGUCGAAAUUCCCCCAUUACAUUCGUUUUCGGAUAUUAAUUUUUAUUAGUAAUUUUCGCUUACUGAGUUUUUUGCAUGUCACAUUGCAUAACAUACACGUGAAUUUCAUGAAUUAGUCAUUUAGUUGAAGGAAGGUGGGGUUUUCAGGUCUUUGAUUUGGGUUUCUCUCUUUUUUUCUUUACUUUAUUUGAAUGACUUUGUCUUUUAUAAUAUUCUUUUCUGAAGUGUGAUUUAGAUUGAAUAAUGUUUGCUAUAUGUAUGUCAGCUUUUAAAAAAAAAAAUUUAAUCCUCUUUCCGCAUAUUUCGCUUCUCUUUUUAUGUCAAUGGUAAAGUUUUCUUGAUGACUACUUGGGGGAUCAUUGGUUGUGCCUCUUUCUCUCCCCUCUCUCAGGAUAAACUCUUUUCUCCCUCCUUCCCCUCUUCUCUCUCUGUCUCUCCAAUCUUUUGCCUUCCAAUUCUAUUCUUAGAAUUCUUUUGUAAAUCUGCCAGCUCCAUCACCAUUCCUCUCUCAAAGCUACACAAAACAUGACAUAGCCUCUCAAUCCCAAAAAGAAACAAAGAAUUAGAGAAUUACACAGUCUCUCCGAACAGCGGCAAUGUCAGGCCCAGCAAUGCCAAUGGCCGCUGUUCGACUCCUCCUUCUCCACAUCCUUAUCAUUAUCUUCUUCUCCACUCCAUCUCUCUCCGUAUCUGACAUCCAAGCCCUCCUCAAACUCAAGAAAUCUUUCUCACCUGAUGCAUUAAAGUCUUGGGAUCGAAGCUCAUCUCCUUGCACGAACCAAUGGGUUGGUGUCAUUUGUUUCGAUGGAAUAGUUACUGGCCUCCAUCUUUAUGACUUGGGUCUCUCAGGAAUGAUCAAUAUUGAAGCCUUACAAGAAAUUCAAGGCCUCAGAACCAUCAGUUUUGGGAAUAAUACAUUUUUAGGUCCAAUACCAGAAUUCAAUAAGCUCGGUAAAUUGAAGUCUCUGUUAUUAUCUUACAAUCAAUUCUCAGGCGAAAUCCCUAAUAAUUACUUUGCUAAUAUGGCUUCCCUGAAGAAAGUUUGGCUUGAUACCAACAAAUUCACAGGGAAAAUACCCGAGUCACUGAUGCAGCUUCCACACCUUAUGGAGUUGCACAUUGAAGGCAACGAAUUUUCUGGUCUAAUUCCUCCAUUGAAAUACCCAAAAUUGAUGAGAUCCCUCGACCUGUCACACAACAAACUUGAAGGAGAAAUACCAGAAAGCCUUUCUAGUUUUAAUGCUUCCUCGUUUGUUGGGAACAAAGGACUAUGUGGGAAACCACUGGAAACGGUUUGCUCAGAUAUGGCAGCCAAGCCAUUAGCUGCAGAAGUUGCAGAAUCUCAAAGCAUUGUCAAUAAUUCGAAGGUGGUUAUUUUGGCUACUAUAGCUGUUGUAGUGGUGGUAUUCCUGGCUGUCUCAUUCCUAAAUGCGAGGCGCAGGGACGAUGAUUUCAGCGUACUGGGGAAAGAAAACCUCAACGAUGUGGUAGAAGUACAUGUGCCUGAGUCCACCAUUAGGAGGCCUAGGGAGUCUAGCAGGAUGGGAGACUCCCGUAAAGGAGACUCGAACCGGAGAGGGUCAACACAUGGCAAGGGAGGGAUGGGUGACUUAUUAAUAGUGAACGAUGAAAAGGGUAUAUUUGGGUUGCCUGAUUUGAUGAAGGCGGCAGCAGAGGUUAUUGGCAAUGGCGGACUGGGUUCUGCAUAUAAGGCAGUGAUGGUGAAUGGGUUGUCUGUGGUGGUCAAGAGAAUGAGGGAGAUGAAUAGGUUAAGUAGAGAGGCCUUUGACAUUGAAAUGAGGCGACUUGGAAGUUUGAGACACCCGAAUGUUUUAACACCACUGGCUUACCAUUAUAAGAAAGAAGAGAAGCUAGUAAUAUCAGAGUACAUGCCUAAAAGCAGCUUGUUAUACGUCUUGCAUGGUGAUCGUGGUAUUUGCCAUGCUGAGCUGAAUUGGCCUACUCGUUUGAAGAUAGUCAAAGGCAUUGUGCAAGGAAUGGGCUUCUUGCAUUCUGAAUUUGCCUCCUAUGACCUACCCCAUGGAAAUCUCAAGUCCAGCAAUGUCCUUCUUGGUGAUGAUUACGAGCCACAACUCAAUGACUAUGCCUUUGAUCCACUAACCAAUCCAAACCAUGCCGUGCAAGCUAUGUUUGCUUACAAAUCCCCUGAAUAUGUGCAAUAUCAGAAGGUUUCUCCUAAGUCAGAUGUUUAUUGUCUCGGAAUCAUCAUUCUUGAACUCCUUACUGGGAAAUUCCCUUCUCAAUAUCUUAGCAAUAGCAAAGGGGGAACAGACGUGGUGCAAUGGGUUCUAUCAGCUAUUCAAGAACAUAAAGAGAUAGAAUUAAUCGAUCCAGAAAUAGCUAACAAUACAAAUUCGUUUGGUCAGAUGGUGAAUCUACUCCAAAUAGGGGCAGCUUGCAUAGAAAGCAAUCCUAUACAGCGGCUAGAUAUGAGGGAAGCAAUUAGAAGGAUAGAAGAGAUACAAGUAUGAGGCAUGCCCAUGUAUAUGUUGUAGAUUAGUGCAAUUGACUUGCUAGGCGAGAAAUACAAGGGUAGAAGAGGUUGUCAUCCAUGCUUCAGCGUUCAAUAUCCACCUCUCAGCUGGCUUUUGAAAUGAUACCAGGGCAGGGGAGCUUCUGCAAUCAAUUCUGGUUAUGGAAAAUGGUAACUCUUUUGACACUUCAAACUACCCAAAUGAACACUUGCGCAUAGGAUUUCACAGGGGAACCAAUACUGCUACAUUUUUUAAAACUAGGAACAAAAGGAAACAAAGCUGGGAAAGAGCCAAGGCCGUGGACCCAAGUCAUUUCAUUUUGAAGAGAGUAGAAUGCCAAGAAAAAUGCAAUACUGAAAGCUAUAUGCUAAAUGAAUUGGUGUUUGUGCUCUCUUCUUCAAAAUGUGAUGCUUGGAUUCGCAUUUUGAAGAAGUUCAGAGAGCAUCAUUUAAAGUUCAAAGUUAUAGGAACACAGAUUUUGGGUGUUGAAGCCUUCUUGUUUUUUUGGGAGGUCAUGACCAGAGGAAUGUCGUUUCAGACUAUUUUUUUGUACAGUCAGGUGAUAUGAAAGAAUAUGAAUAUGAUGACUCUGAAUAACGAUUCCUUCUUCAUGUGGACUUUCUUCCUAGUUAGUUAUCUAGAGGUGAUAUUUCUUUUCCUUCUGUUCCUGUAAUUACAGAUUUACAGUUGACUUUUUAUGUUGGCAAUUGACAAUAUUUUUGAGAAUAUUUUUAGUCUGACUAUGCUCGAGUAAAGUUUUAGUUUAAUCUUAUAGGUAUGAUAUAUCUCUCUCUGCA